UAAAUUUGCCUAGCACUACUGCCACCGCCAUGGCCGCUUCAGUUCGCCUGCACGAUCAGGUGAUCGCGUCGCUCAAAUCCACCAUCUUAAGAAAUCCUCCAGCAGUCUCUGAUUCGCCAAGCGAGUCGUCCUUUCCCGUUAUUCUCGGCUGGUUAGUAGGCCCUUCGGCCUCGUUCUUCUCAUCUCGCGACCCACGCCCUACCUGCUCCGUUCUGUCCUGCAUCCUCGUAGACCCGCGAUUCAGGGACGUCGCACUCCAGCAGCGUGGCGACAGCGACGGCGGUAACGGUAGCUCGCGAACCUCGCCGAGUGAUGUCGCAGCCAGAUGCGACGUCGCACAGCGUGAUGUCUCCGCGUGCGACGUCGCCAAGUCGGAGGCGCGAGCUCUUUUGCCGCUGCUUCCUGGGGGGCUUACAGUCGUCGGGGUUGCGGUGCGAGGGGAGUUUACCCCCGAAAAUCAGGCUCUCCUGAGGGCACCGAUCGCCGAAUUCCGGCGAAUCUUUCAUGAUGUGGCAUUGGCGCGCCGCCCUUUCAUGGUGACGUGGACGAGUGUCGCAUUCGCCUCGAGUGAAAUCCCCCUGAAAUUAACCCUUUUGGCGGGAAUCGAGCUGAGAAGGGAUGACGUGGCAGCUGCAGAUUGGUGGGGACAGGAUCUCGCAGAGAAGGCGAGGGAUGAUGAGGACAGGGAACGGAUAGGAUCGGAGAGUGAGGGAGAUGAGGGGGACGGCAGAGAAGAGGGAGAUGGGGGGAACGGCAGAGAAGAGGGAAGGGGAGCGGAUAGGCGAAGAGAAGAGACUGAGGCUGACGUGGCAUGGGAGAUUGCGAAGGAGGAGGAAGGGACGGCUGUGGAGGUAGAGGUAGUGGCGACUCGAGGGGGUAAGGGAGAUGUAAGUAGUGCAUCGUCUGUUUCAUCUGCCCCUGCUGCCGCUGCUUCCAGUUCUGUUGCUACUGGUGGGGAGGAGAAUCCGCUGGAGGAGGAGUUUUGGGCGGCACACUGCCCGCUGGUGUGUGACGUGGCAGCCACCCUGCCACUGUUCAUCCACGACAAACAGACCCUGUCGUCAUCACUAUCCGCGUCCCUCUCAGCCAUUCAAGCUGACGUCACCAGCCCUCACGCCCUCUGGUUGCUGCACCCACCGCAGCCACCCUCUGCUGCCACGUCAGCAUCUGCCAGCUCGACAUCAGCUGCCAGCGCCACUGCUGCAGGAGCCGUGCGUCCGUUCCUGAUUGGCUCUCUGCCGAACGGGAGAGCUCCAGGAGCCAAUGGCAGCGUGACACGUGGCAGGGAUGGUGGGGGGAGUGCAGAGGGGAUGGUGUGUGGUGAUCUGCUGACGUCAGUUGAAGGGGCUGGGGGAAAGGGGGGAGGAGAAGGGGGAGGAAAAGGAGGAGGUGCUAGAGGGAAAGGGGGGAAGGGGGUUAGUGGGGGAGGAGGGGGAGGGAGAGCAGAAAGCCAAGCUUCGAAAAGACUGGCAUCGACGACACGUGUAUCUCUGCUGCUCAACCAAUCGCCAGCUGCCACGUCUGCAUUCGAGGGGCAGAAGAGUGCGGCUGUUGGUCUCAGCUACACCCCAGCCGCCCCCAGCAUCCACCUCCACCAGAUAAGCCUGUCCUUGAGCUGCCUCGUCUUCGCCCCCCGCCAGCUGUCGCUGCGGGCGGCGCUGCGCCGUCUCGUAGUGCCGGGGCUGCUGCGGCAAGUCAAGGCGGUAGAAUGGAUGGAAGGGACGCGGAAUGAAGGGGAGGGGGAGAGAGGGAAGGGAGGAAGGGCAAUAACACCUACGGAUGGAGCAAGGGCAACAGGUGAUGCAGCAAAGGAAGCAGUUUCAGCCGUUUCCUUCCAGCUGGGACUCAAGUUCCGUGCAUACCACUUCCUGCUUCCGUCUUGGCCGCACCCACUCACUGUGCUCUACCCUCUCACGUACGGCGAGGGGCAGCAGAGCCUGGUGGACAUGCGCUCAACCCUGCACCAGCGCCUGGGGCUGCCUCUGGACCGACCCAUGCUGCGCAUCGCAUCCGCCCUCUCGCUCUCUGCGCCGGCUGCUGCUGCGGAUGACACUCAAGCACCAUCAAAAGCUCUUCGCCUCUGGGACGUACACGUGGGCCUUCCUCGCCUGCCACACUCCACAGGGUCGAGGCAGUACCUGGUGCAGGGCUCAUACGAGUAUUACCACUACAUGCAAGACAGGAUUGACGACAGUGGAUGGGGUUGUGCCUAUCGCUCCCUUCAGACCAUCGUGUCCUGGUUCCGCAUUCAGCAGUACACUUCACUCCCCGUACCAAGCCAUAGGCGCAUUCAGGAGGCGCUAGUGGAGGUGGGCGACAAGGAGCCGUCGUUCGUGGGAUCCAGCCAGUGGAUUGGCGCUAUAGAGCUCAGUUUCAUUCUGGACCACCUUCUGGGGGUGACAUGCAAGGUGCUGACUGUGCCAUCCGGAGCAGACAUGCCAUCUAAAGGCAGACAGCUAGCACACCAUUUCACCACCCAGGGCACCCCGGUGAUGAUAGGAGGUGGUGUUCUCGCGUACACCCUACUAGGCGUGGACUACGAUGAGGCGACAGGGGAGUGUGCGUUUCUUAUUCUCGACCCGCAUUACACUGGAGGGGAGGAUAUCAAAGCGAUAAGGAGCGGGGGUUGGGUUGCCUGGAGGAAGGCCAAGACGGAUGGUGGGGCGGACUUUUUCGUCCGGGAUGCUUUUUAUAACUUGCUGCUGCCGCAACGGCCGGCUACAGUGUAAGCACUUUGUUAGGCACCCCGAGUAUUUUGACGACUUAGUAUUGUAUGUUAAUAUUGAACGAUAAUUAUUUUCCAGCUGUUGGCGUAGAGUGUGUACACGAGGGGUAGUCCACGUGGUUUUGAUGCAUUGA